AUGACACUCGAGAAUCUGAGAGCGGAUGAAAAUGAACAGACUCUUCUUGAUAAGGAGGUAGCUGGACAACUCGAUAGAGUACAAAAUAUCCUUAAGAAUACCGAACUUCGGAAUUCUUUAUCUCGCUCCCGGAGGAACUCGUUAGGUAUUGUGAUUUCUUCUCGAAGAGGAUCAAUAGGACCUCCACCUGCUCCUUCUUCACGGAAUGCUUCCACAUCCAAUGGAAUACCUGGUGCUUUAUCGGUACCAAAUGGUGUAAACGAAUUGGUCUACCGGCAGAAGUCUUUAGGGGCGAUUCUUGAACGAACGGAGUCGCCACCUUUACCUACUACUCCGAAACCAAAACUACCAAUACCAGAGACUCGACCACUAGGUCACGAGAUUGAAAAAAGUGGGCUUCCUCCGCAUUUAUUUGACAUCAGUCAAAUGGAGCCAAACAAGGUUUUUGUGAAAGAUGAACCUCGGGGGAUUACGCAUACUUUUAAGAUACAAAGGUGUCCUGAAUCCAAGGGUCAAGAUCUCGAUCGUGGGGUUUAUUAUACUACAUAUACGGGAAGACCGGCUGUGAUGAAAUUUUUUGGGGAUGGGUUGGGAUGGACGGCUUUAUCUAUGUGGCAACAAGAGUGCGAAGCCCGGGAUAAGCUACAGAGAACCAAAAUAAUACCUGAACUAUACCUAGCCGGAGAAGUUAUACUCGGGCGAUUCGGAUACCGGACUUGUCGCGGGUUUGCCAUCAUCAUGGAGAGGGUGGAUGGCGAAACACUUUCAAAUAUUCAAAUGUCACCAGCGGAGAGAGAUGAGUUCCAGGUAGCUUUUUUAGAGGCUAUGAUUCUAGUUAGAAAACAGAACAUGAUCCAUGGCGAACCGAGUCGCAGUAAUGUUAUGUGGAAUCGGGAUCAGCAGAGGGUGGUGUUAUUGGAUUGGAAGGAAUGGUGGGAGAAUGAAUAUGGUCUCGAGGCUCACCAGAGGGAGCUAGAGAUUAUUAUGACAAUGAACGAAAGAGUUCGAAGGUCUUCUCUAAAGCCAGUUUAG